AUGUACUUCUACAACUCAUUUCGAUCGUACGCCCGAUCAAUGCAGCAGACCCAUCGUUUCGUGCUGCUGCAUGGCCGCGAUGACGCUGAGCACGGCGCUUCGUCGAGGGGAGGGGACGAUAUUGGACGCUGUAGCCAUUUACCAGUUUGGGAUGAAAAAGAUAAAGUUCAUGUCGAUAGCUGGUUGGAAUCUUGCGAUUCAGAUACCUCUCACGGCAAGAGCACAACCGACGCUCGCAACCACUUUCACGCUCGUUUCUGUCCCAACAACAGGCGAAAAGCUCUGGCUAAAAAGCUGCGGAAUCGUAUCGGAAGCCACUUGCCCUCUCUCCCGCAACGUCUCCUUCGACGCUCAUCCAUCACUGUCAACGCUACAUGCUUCGUACAUCACCCUACAGCAAGAGAAACUGGCACAAUGUCAAACUGCGCGGUUACACCCGUAGCCAGUAGCUCUAAAACAAUUGUGGCAGAGAUUGCGCGCAGCAACUCUUCCGCACACCGGGACGCCCGCAACAAAAACCCGGCUCCCUCGAAUAAGUCUGUCGAUGAUUGGUCUCCAGCAACCGUAACAGUCAUGGAUGAAUCCGAAGUACGAUUAUCGCGGCCCGCCAAAAAACCACGCAGGGUAACCCGAUAUCACGCGACCAGCGUCACCGAAAAUCGCCCCUCCCGUACCACGACAACGACGACGACAACAACAACACUCUACCAUGCUGCACCUAAAGAAAAAGAAGAAGGCUGGAGAUUCACCCGUGGAAGACCGGUAGUAAACACAAGACCUAUGAAUGAGAAGGCACAGUUUGGACGGCAUCUCGAAUGGCUGAAGUUCUUGGCGUAA